AUGAAGGCUUCGAUCGUUCUAUUUGCUUUACAGUGUAUUACCUCUGCGGUCUUUGCGCAAAACUCAACGUUAGCUUCAGGGCUGGACGCCCUUCCUCCAUGUGCCUUGACCUGCUUGGUCACAGCUGCCUCGGAAUCGCCAUGUCAGCCGACCAACUCGACUUGCACCUGCACAAAUGCGCUAUAUCAAAGCGCGGUCGAAACAUGCGUCUCGCAGUCAUGUACCGUCAAGGAGGGCCUCACAACAAAGAAUGCCACAUCAACACUAUGCGGUGUCCCUCGGCGCGAUCGAGAAGCAACCCUAAACGGCAUCGUCAUCGGCCUGGCGGUCGUUUCCACUCUAAUUGUCUUCACGCGCAUCGUGGGGAAGAUGACUCAGCUCAUUCCCAACCAGGAUCUCGGCGCGGACGACGUUUGCUUGUUGGUCACUCUAUGUUUGUCCCUGACGGCCUCCACGGUCAUUAGUGCCGGCGCAGGUACAUCUGGUCUUGGUCGAGACAUCUGGACACUGGAGUUCCAACAAAUCACUGACUUCGCUCGCUGGUUCUACAUCACGCAGAUCCUGUAUUUUGCCGAGCUCCCGUUCCUCAAGCUCUCGCUUACAUUCUUCUACUUGCGGAUAUUCGUUGGAACGGGGGUCACCAGGCUACUGUGGGUUGCUGUCGCUGUCAACACUGCAAUCGGUAUUGCGUUCACGUUGGCUUGCAUCUUCCAGUGCCAGCCGAUCUCGCAUACCUGGACAUCUUGGGAUGGCGUGGAUACCGGUGGCAAGUGCAUCGAUAACAACGCACUGGCGUGGGCGAACGCGGCAGUCAGCAUCGCAAUGGACCUGGUGAUGCUUGUCAUUCCGCUAUCCCAAGUCGCAAUGCUCAACAUGGCACUGAAGAAGAAGAUUGCGGUGUCUGCGAUGUUUGUGGUCGGAACAUUCGUUACCAUCGUCUCGGUUUUACGACUCCAAUCCUUGGUCACCUUCUCAAAGUCUGCGAACCCGACUUGGGAUCAGUGGGUCCUAACGGUAUGGUCAAUUGUAGAGGUCAACAUGGGCUUCAUCUGCCUAUGCAUGCCUGCUCUCCGCAGUAUCCUUGUCCGCCUGCUUCCAGAGGUGUUUGGCUCUACG